AUUGACUGCACAGAUUCGUAUCGUAUGUUUUAAAAAUUUUCAGUUUUCUAUUAAUACACUGCUGGUUUGAUUAAUUGAUUCGAUUCGUUUACACGCCUUUGUACACUUGGAAUUUCUGUUUAUGUUUAUUAAUAUUUGGCUAUAAAGGUAUUCUUUUUGAAUUUUAAUUUCAAUUUUUUGAUUUUUGUGAUGCGAUUUCAGUUGAAAAAUCACAAUGAUUGAUAAGACGAAGAAGCACAAAAAGGGUUCAAUCAACGAAAAGGACAUCUCCACUCUGCUUCAAAGCUUACCUGUGGCUUUCAUCACAACUUUUGUAACAUUGUUUGUGCUAGUCAUUGCCAUUACUAAAGAUCUUCCAGAUGUAGAGGGGGAUAGAAAGUUUCAGAUAUCUACUUUGGCAACAAAGCUUGGCGUUAGAAACAUUGCAUUCCUUGGUUCUGGGCUUUUGUUGUUAAAUUAUAUUGUUGCUAUAUUGGCUGCAGUUUUCAUGCCCCAGGUGAAUAGAUCUUGAUUGGAGUUAACUUA